AUGAUGUUGUGUCCAUCACGACUUGGGUUCCAGAUUAAACGGUCCAAGCCCAACUGUUCCAAGCCAAGAAAUGUACGUCCGGAAGAUGUUGUUAGGAACAUUGAGCUGGUUUUAGGAGCUCAUCCGGCAAUUAAUGGAUCGAUUAAAAGGUUAUCAGCAUAUAGAGAUUUUAGCUCUUCUCCGAUGCGACUAACAGAGGCCUAUCACAGGACAGGUGUGAAUCUUGUACACGUUCUGAAUGGGAGGAAGGAUGCUGCUGACAAGGCGAUUUUGGUUGACAUGUUUUUAUUUGCACUGGAUUAUCGCAGGCCUGCAACAAUUUUACUUAUCUCAGGAGACAUUGAUUUUGCGCAUGCUCUUCAUACUUUACGUCAUUAG